GCGAUGGGAGGGAGGAGGGGGAGGAGGGGAUGGCGUUCUACAACAAAGGUCCGCGCGCCAAUCACUUGCAUGUCCGGCGGUUCUGGCCUCACAACUAGACCUGAAGAUGCGGUGGAAAGUCAAGAAGACAUACCAGUUCUGAUUGGCACUUCCAAGCUGGAGCUUGCUGGCGAACUUGAAGUCAGCGACAACAAUGGCUCGAUAGCCCCCAUGGACAAUGCGGAGACCCCUGUACAAUUAGAAACGGACAAUAAUGGAAUUCAGAGGGUGGCUUUUCGACCGGAGGGUUAUAGCUACUGGAAAUGGAGGGGCCAUAAGAUACAUUAUGUUGUGCAGGGGGAGGGGCAACCCCUGCUGUUGGUGCAUGGAUUCGGAGCUUCGGCCUUCCACUGGAGGUAUAAUAUUCCCGCUCUGGCGAAGAAAUUCAAAGUCUAUGCGGUGGACAUGCUGGGCUUUGGGUGGAGCGACAAAGCUCUAGUGGACUACGACAUGCACUUGUGGGGUUCGCAGUUGUCGGACUUCGUCAAGGAGGUGAUUGGAGAGCCAGCAGUUUUUGUUGGGAACAGCGUUGGGGCUUUCACUGUGCUAGCGACUGCUUCACUUUUCCCAGACGCUGCCAAAGCUGUGGUGCUGAUCAAUGCUGCUGGACAGUUUGAAAAUCCGAAGAAGCCAGCAAAAACACCAGAGGAAGAGGACAGGGACUUGGUGAAAAAGUACAUUAUAACUCCCGUGUUUCGGAUAAUUCAGCGGCUGGGGUUGCUGUUGACGUUCAAUUUGUCAAAACAGCCAUCCCGAGUCUCGAGUGUGUUACAGAAGGUGAGUCCAUUAGCAUUUUCUCGAGUUCUUUUCCCCGCCCUUUUUUCUUAAAAUUCAACUGUUGUGAAGUUUUCUUUUUGUUCUUGUUUUCAUUUUUGGCCUGAGCGGCUGAGCCAGCGAACUU